AAGCACCUGCACCAGCAGUUGUCGUUCAUAGUUGUGACGUCAUGUAAAGAAAAAAAAAAUAUGUUGGUGCAGUUUUGGACUCUUUGAAACUUUGAGAUGGAUCGCCCACAGAAAAAUGAACCUAAAAGUUGUCUAAAACAAAACAGAGAGUUCUCAGACGAUGAAGUCAACCAAGAAGUGCCACAAAACUUUGUUGUUGGUAAAUUAACAAAUGUGCAACGUCCUGUUCGCCAGAAAGAAACAUCAUGGCAGAUUCCUCUCUCACCCCCUCCCCAACUGCCAACGGCUAAGGUUUCAGAGGAGUUUAACUGGCAAGCUACCCUUCCUACAGUGAGGGAAAGGAAUGCCGUAAUGUUUAACAAUCCUCUGAUGGCUGAUGUCCAUUUCCUUGUUGGGACCAGUCCAAAUCAGCAGCGAAUACCAGCACAUAAAUAUAUCCUUGCCACAGGGAGCUCAGUUUUCUUUGCAAUGUUUUAUGGGGGUCUGGCCAAUCAAACUGGAGAUAUUGAAAUUCCUGAUGUAGAACCAGGAGCUUUUCUGAAUUUACUGAGAUACAUCUACUGUGAUGAAAUUCAGUUGGAGCCUGACAAUGUUUUGGCAACUUUAUAUGCAGCUAAAAAGUACAUUGUGCCACAUCUAGCAAAAUCCUGUGUGCGUUUCUUGGAAACUAGUCUUAGUGCCAGAAAUGCUUGUAUUCUUCUGAGCCAGGGAAGACUAUUUGAGGAGCAGGAACUAAUGCAUCGGUGUUGGGAGGUCAUUGAUGCACAGGCUGAAGAGGCUCUUCAUUCUGAUAGUUUUUGUGAAAUUGACAUUAAUACCCUUAAAACGGUCCUUAGUCGAGAAACCCUAAAUGCUCGAGAAAUAUCUGUGUUCACUGCUGCCUGUAAGUGGGCAGAGGCUGAGUGUAAUCGAACAAAUCUCGAAACCACUCCGGAAAACAAACGUAAAGUGUUAGGGGAUGCUCUAUAUCUCAUUAGAAUGCCCACUAUGGGUUUGGAAGAGUAUGCCAAUGGACCUUCUCAAUCUGGUAUACUGACUUUACAGGAAGCAAACGAUAUCUUCCUUCACUAUCUGGCUAGAAAUAAACCUGAAUUAAAAUUCAUCAAGAAAUCUCGUUCUGGACUUACACCAUUUAAAUGCCACCGAUUUCAGUCGUCAGCUUACAGGAGUAACCAGUGGAGGUAUAGAGGGCGCUGUGACAGUAUUCAGUUUGCCGUUGACACACGUAUUUUUGUAGCAGGCUUUGGUUUGUAUGGAUCCAGUAAUGGUGCAGCAGAGUAUCAAGUUAAAAUUGAAUUAAAGAAAAACGGAAUUAUUCUUGGUCACACGUACAAAAAGUUCUUCUCAGAUGGAUCAAGCAAUACUUUUGCAGUUUUGUUUGAAAAUCCAAUUCAGAUAGAACCUGACACUUUCUACACUGCUAGUGCCGUGUUGGACGGAGUGGAGCUGAGUUACUUCGGUCAGGAAGGACUAACGGAAGUUCAAUGUGGAAAAGUCACAUUUCAAUUUCAGUGUUCAUCAGACAGUACAAAUGGGACCGGUGUUCAAGGAGGACAGAUCCCAGAAAUCAUCUUCUACAGCUGAUGUCAUUAGCUUAGCUGCUUUGUCCAUGGAUUUCAUCAUGUCACUAGUAUAUUCAUUAUCAUAUGCCAUUCAUGAAUGAAUCAGUAACAAUUUUGGGUUCCUUGUGUAUUAAUAUUUUCAGAAUUUUGUUAGAAUGAUUUCAAUAAAAUUUUCCAUAUGUGUACUGUU